AUGGCCUCACUCGAUGUCACGCGACUCUUCUCGGUCAAAGGCUACGUCGCGGUGGUAACAGGGGGUAGUAGCGGGUUGGGCCUGAUGAUAUCCAAGGGUCUCGUCACAAAUGGUGCCAAGGUGUAUGUGGUUGCUCUACGAAGUGACCCGAUCGAAGAAGUCGUCAAAGAGCUCAACGAAUUAGGCAAGGCUUCUGGAGGAAGUGCAGUAGGUAUGUCAUGCAAUCUGUCGAUGACUUAUGACAUCCCGAAGCUCGCGAGAGAUAUUGAAGAGCAAGAAGGCUGCCUUGACUUGCUCGUAUCGAACGCUGGGAUUCGACGGGACCCAUUCGAACCCUGCGACGUCCUGACUACUGACGUCCUCGAACUGCAAAAUUCGAUGGCGUCUUUGAGUCAAAGGGACUGGGAAGAUACAUUUAGUGUCAACGUCACAGCUCACUAUUACCUGGCUGUCGCAUUUCUACCAUUAUUACAAAGAGCUACGAAACCAGACGAGGACGGCCGGCCAGGUAGUCGUGAAGGACGUGGGGCCGUGAUUAUCACGAGCUCAUGCGCCAGCAUGCACAACCUCACGAACGUCGACUUGACAAGCUAUGCCGCGAGUAAAGCCGCCACAGAUCACCUAGUGAGGCUUCUGGCCGCCAAGUUCAGAGAAUUUUACAUCAGAGUUGUGGGGUUGAAUCCCGGAUUUUUCCCCAGCCGCAUGAAUCCUAUUGGAAAAGAAGGCAAUGUGUUCAGUGCCUUGUUCGACAAAGUUCCUGCCAAAAGAGCUGGCCAAGAGGAAGACAUCGCAGGCGCGGUGAUCUAUCUUGCAAGCAGAGCCGGGCUGACCCGCAAAAAGUCGUAUGUUAACGGUAUCAACUUAUGCAUCGAUGGUGGCCGCAUCCUUGUGGCGAACGGACAGGAAUGA